UGGAUUCUAGCGGUUUGUGUGGACCGGAAGAGGCGAUCUGAUUCUUUUGGUUUCUGGUGGCUAUUUGAACGGGCACACAUCAGUGAUGGAUUCAUCACAGGGAGACUCUGAGCCAUGGUAUUCUCAGCGAGCAUACUCACGCUACUGGCAGCAUUAUAACCAAGCCAUGCAGUGGAUGCGGAGGCACCAGAGUGCCUACAGGAAGGCCAUGUUGUCAUUCUACAAUUCCCCGUGGUAUUUGCCUGCUCUCGUUCCAAGCAGCCGUUAUGCUGACUGGGGUGGAGAUGACCACUCAGCCAAGGAGGAUCAUUUAUCAUCCACUGGUUGGCACAGCAGAUCUCAGUAUUCUAGAUGGUCACAGCAACCCCCUGGUAAUGCCCAUGGCCACCAAAUGACCUCAAAAGAAGACCAAGUUUCCUCCACAGAAGAGUCAGAUUCAGAUGGGGAAAUAGAAUGUGAUUUGAGUAACAUGGAGAUUACAGAGGAGCUCCGCCAGUAUUUUGCUGAGACAGAAAGACACAGAGAAGAGCUAAAGAGACAGCAACAGCUGGAGGCAGAACACCAGGACGUUUAUGUGGAAGCUGACCACGACCUGCACCAAACCACCGGUCGCUCCGUGCAGCCUCCCUCCGAGAGGCCAGGAGAAAGGCGAAUGGUCGAAAUGAAGAAAUUGUACGGGGAAAGUGCUGCCAAGAUCCAGGCUAUGGAGACAGCCAUGCAGCUCACUUUUGACAAAAACUGUGAUAAAAAGCAGCCUAAAUAUUGGCCUGUUAUUCCUCUGAAGCUGUGAGCCACAUGAAGCCCCUUGCUGGGAAUGAACCAUCAGCUGAAACUCCAGCUACCCAGCUUAAUGAACACAUUGUUCUGUGAACAGGGACUCUUGGGCUUAUUGAUCCUCUUCCCUUCCUUUCUAUUUGGAUGCAUUUCUCUUAGUUUUUCUAGUUUUCAAGAAGAGUUGAAACUUUUUCCUCAAGACAUUUUGAUUUUGGCCCCCUCACCCAAAGGCAAAAAGAAAUUUAGCAUAUUUGGAGUAUAAAGUUAAAAUUUUUAUAUUUCCUUUAAUCCAU